AUGAGUGAUCGAACGGUUUCAAACAUAGUAAAUGAAGUAUCAAUCGCUAUAUGGAAUACAAUGCAAACAUUGUAUUUGCCUCAACCCACAAUGGAAAUGUGGAAAUUGAUACCUAAAGAUUUCGAACAGAUAUGGCAAUUUCCACACUGCUUUGGUGCAUUGGAUGGCAAGCAUAUCUUAAUUAAGAAACCACCCAACAGUGGUUCGUCGUUUUACAAUUAUAAACAUACCUUUUCUGUGGUUUUAAUGGCUCUUGUCGACGCUCACUACAAAUUCAUAAGUGUUGAUAUCGGAUCUAUGGGAAGACAUAGCGAUUCGAAUAUCUUUUCUAGCGGUGCUUUGGCAAGAAAAAUGAAUAAACAAACUUUACAACUUCCACAACCUGCAUCUUUACCCGAUUAUAAUCAAACGUUACCAUUCGUAUUUGUAGCAGAUGAAGCAUUUCCGUUAUGUGAUAAUAUCAUGCGACCUUAUCCAAAGAGAAACAUAACGGUAAAUUUUGAAAAUAAAAUUUUCAACUAUAGACUUUCGCGAGCGCGACAAACYGUCGAAUGCACUUUUGGCAUAUUAGCUUCACGAUUUCGAGUUUUUAGAAAACCAUUCGAAAUUAAAAUUGAAAGUGUGGAUAAUGUAAUUAAGGCAGCUUGUGUAUUACAUAAUUAUUUAAGAAACGAAAUAACAAUUUCAAAUUAUGUGCAAGGCGAAUAUGAUAUAAUGCCAGACAAUCAAUUACUGCCAUUAAGUAACAAUAACAGUAGAAGUGGGUCAAGUGCUUUUUUGGUGAGAAAAAAGUUUACAGAUUAUUUCAAUACUGUAGGAAGCGUACCUUGGCAAAAAGAUAGUGUUUUUAGCGGUAAAUACUAA